AUGGAUGCUAUAAAGAAGAAGAUGCAGGUCAUGAAGACGGAAAAGGAUCAAGCCCUCGUCAGAGCUGACCAAUUAGAGGAGAAGGUUUCCGAACAAAAAGCGCUAAACGAGAAGCAAGAGGAGGAAAUCCAAAACCUUCAGAAGCAGAUUCAGCAGCUUGAAGGUGACCUUGACACUGCUCAGACCCAGUUGGCCGAAGCUACCAGCAAGCUAGAGAGCACGGAGAAACAGCUUGGAAAUGCUGAGUCAGACGUCGGAGCGCUGACAAGAAGAAUUCAGCUCUUGGAGGUCGACUAUGAGCAGACAGCCUCUAGGCUGGAGAUCGCUUCUGAGAAGUUGGAGGAAGCUUCCAAACACGCCGAAGAAAGCGAGAAGAACCGCAAAUCUUUGGAAACGAACUCCCUGAUGAAUGACGAGAGGAUCACCUUUCUAGAGGAACAACUGAAGGAGGCUAAGUACAUCGCUGAAGACGCCGGAAGUAAAUUGGAGGAGGCCGCAAGGAAGCUCGCCAUCGCAGAAGGGACCCUUGAAAGUUUUGAGAGCCGACUCGACGCUUCGGAAUCAAAAAUCACCGAGCUGGAAGAUGAAUUGAAAGAAGUUGGCAAUAACAUGAAGACCUUGGAACAAUCAGAGCAGGAGGCUUUGCAAAGAGAGGAUAGUUAUGAAGAAACAAUCCGAGAUCUGACAGUCCGCUUAAAGGAUACUGAGAACAAAGCCUCUGAAGCAGAAAGAACCGUUUCGAAAUUGCAAAAGGAGAUAGACAGAUUAGAAGACGAAUUGCUGGCGGAGAAAGAGAAGUACAAAGACAUCAGCGAGGAACUGGAUGGAACAUUCUCAGAGCUGGCAUCCUUCUAA